AAUCUCGAUUCAAAAAUUUUUAUUUAAAUAAUCAUGUAAAAUACUCAUAUUGACAUUUGAAUUAUUGCCCAUGGGAAGAAAGUGAAUUUAAUUUUAAUAAAAAAUUUGGAAUAGUUUAUUACACAUCUAAGGCUUUGCCUCUAUUCAAAAUAAACAAAUAUGAAAACGUUUACGCAACAAAAUGAACGAUUGAUAAGCGAAUAAAUAUUGGAAUGAAACGACGUUCAAAAUAUAAAAUAAAAAUUUAAAUUAAAUAAAUUUCGUCGGAAUUAUAUUUUGUUGCGAUAAAUAUUCAAAAAUUGUGUGCGGUUGACAUGAUAAAUAAGUAGAUCGGUUAUCAUCUAACGAAAAUAAAAAUUAUAAGACUAAUCUUCUGUGACACGACCUCACUAUUUUUUAUUUUAUGCUAAGAUCAACCUUCACAGAUGCAUAAUAUAUUCAAUCGUCACUAUAUAAUAGAGAUGAUUUCCUUAGCUCGUUUAUUCAGUAACUUGUAAGCUUUUGUGCUGAUUUAUAUUUGCACAAUUACUACCAAAAAUGAAAAUAUUUGCAGUUAUAUUGGCUGUAUGCUUUGUUGGUGCUCUGGCCGAGCUCAAUGAAGAAGAAAAAGCUAAGCUUCACGAAUACAGAACAGCUUGUCUAACUGAAAUUGGUUCUUAUGAGGACCAAGUUUCCAAUGCUCCGGACGGCAACUGGAUAGUAUACGGCCUUCAACUUCAGUGUUUCUCCUCUUGCAUGCUGAUGAAAAUCAAAGCCAUGAAUGAGGAUGGAACAUUGAACGAAGAGAUAAUUCGCAAGAGGAUGGCCAACGAUGUGCCAGCAGACAAAAUUGACGCCGUUAUUAUGAAAUGCAAAGACUUGAAGGGCGCUAACAUUUGCGAGACCGGAAUGAUGAUUAUGAGGUGUUGCACUAAUGAAAAAAUCUUCACUCAGAUAACUGAAAAGAGCAAUUGAUUAAUUUCUUUUUUCUUCAUAUAACUUUACAAUUUUCCCAAUUAAUUGUGUCCACUGUAAUCCUUUAUUCUUUAUUCAUUUAAUAAAAAAUCAGAUAAUAAUAAAUGAGUAGAUACUUUUGCUUGAAAUUUAAUUUGUUUAUUUAAUUGUUUCUUAAUUCGAUAAAAAAUUUUAUUCGAAAAUUUAUUAACCCUAAUUAAAUAGGGAAACUCAGCAAAUUUUAUUUUUGAAAUUAUACAAAUGGGUAAAGUGGACACUAGUCAAUUUGGGCCACCAAAAAUUUCGAUUCAAAAAUUUUUAUCUGAAUAAUUUAAUAAAAUACGCAUACUGAUAUUUGAAUUCCAGCUCAUGGGAAGAAAUUAAAUUAAAUUUUAAUUUUCUCAUUAGGGGAGGGUGGGGCAGAGCGGCCCCCCUGAAAUUUUGAUCAAGAAAUAAAUUUUUUUUUUUCGACUAAUUACUAUAAAUCCGAUGUGUUUGCGUAUUUUUACCCCUACGCAUGACAUUUGGGGCAAAAUGAACAAGCCCAAAAUUUCGAAAAAGUGAUUUUUUCAUAUUUUUAUCGUCAAAUUAAAAAAAAAUUAUUAUAAUUACACAUUUCUAGCCCUACGCACAACACCUGGGGCAAAAUGGACCAGUCGAAACUUCCGGAAAAAUUAUUUUUUCAUAUUUUUCCGCCGUUUCUCUAUGUAGGAGGCAAAUUUGGUCAUUAAAAAUUUCUAAAAAUAAAAUUUUUUUUUAGUUGAUAAAUUUUUGAAAUAAAGUAAAACUAUAGAA